AUCCCAAUGGUAAUGCGUUCGAGUUCCUAGACCAAUCUUCUGUAAACAAAUUACGGAAGACAUAUGAAAGCUGAAAACCGCAAGUGGGCAGCAGAAAGACGAGAAUUGCAGCAGUUUUUAGUACUAUUAAAUCGAAAAUGAAAAACGCUCUAGACUUGGCUUACACCUCGCAGAAAGUGGUGGCCGUGGACAAUCGAAUUCCUAUCCGUUAUUAUUAUCGAAUUGCUAGUAAUCUCAUCAAUCAGGCGAGGGUUUAUCGGGAGGAGAACAAUAUUGUUGAUCUCUAUACUAUAUUGAUCAGGUUUUCCAGUCUAGUUUCUGAAACCAUACCUCAACAUCAAGAUUAUCCCACAUAUGCUGCCAAGGAGAAGGUGAAUUACAAGGAGAGACUACAAGAAAUUGUGGAUGAAUUGGAGGCACUAAAACCAACAGUACAAAGACAAGUUGGUGAACUGAAUAAGAGAGAUGCAAGUCAGAACAAUAGUCAAGGGUAUGAUAAUGAAUAUAAUAUUUCUGCAAAUGACAAAUGUGGCUCUUGGGAGUUGCCUAACCCCAAAAGUCAAGUUUAUCCAAGAUAUCAUAAUGAAAAGGAUUGUGGAAGCACUGGAAACAUAUGUAUGCCACAAAAUGCUUGGGGAGAUGACAACAAAAGCUGGCGGUUGAGUUCUAAUCAGAUGGAAGUGCAGAUGAACAAAUUGUAUAUCCAUGUUCCUAAACCUAGAGAGGAAACUCUAUCAAGGCACUCAUUCCUAAGAUCGAGUUGUCAUCAAGGAAAAUGGGAACCCUCAGAUUCUGAUAAAUGGGUUGAAUAUCCUUGCAAUUUUGAUUUAUCUCUAAGGGAAAUUCCAAGAUUUGAUCAGCUUGGAGGAUCUACUCUUUCACCAGGCAACUAUGGCAAUGUAAACUUUGGUGUGAAUCUUGCUCAAGAAAGUGGCUCCCACAGUUUGUCUGCUGUCCAUAGUUCGGGUGCCAAUACUUAUGUCCACGCUGUUAGACAAUUUCCAUCACCUGUACUUUCAAUUGUACAAAGUUUCCCUCCUGGUCACAAUCCCGAUGCCCAUGUUUCUUCUUUUACUGUUGUUGACCCAAGAGUUGGAUCUGUGGAAUCCGUUCAAGAUGAUCUAUCUCAAUCCACAAGUCCUCAGCAUGUGCACAUUUCGCCAGAAAUGAUGGAAGUUUUCUUGGAGCUUGCCAAAUCCAAUACCGAGAAAGAUCUGGAGACAUGUGGUAUUCUUGCAGGUUCACUUAAGCAGCGAACAUUCUAUGUUACAACUCUUAUAAUUCCAAAGCAAGAGUCAACUUCUAAUUCGUGUUAUACAAUGAAUGAAGAAGAGAUAUAUGCAGUCCAAGAUGAGCGUUCUCUUUUCCCGCUUGGAUGGAUUCAUACGCACCCUACACAGACUUGUUUCAUGUCCUCAGUUGACCUCCAUACUCAAUAUUCUUAUCAGAUUAUGUUGCCAGAAGCUAUAGCUAUUGUUAUGUCUCCCACAGAUUCAUCAAGAAAAUACGGGAUUUUCCGUUUAUCAGAUCCAGGGGGUAUCACGAUUUUAAAGCAAUGCCAGCAGCGUGGGUUUCACCUUCAUGAAGGGCCUGCUGAUGGGAGUCCCUUAUAUGAUCACUGCUCUAAUGUUCUCAUCAACCCAAAACUUAAGUUUGACGUGGUCGACAUUCGCUAAUUAGAAAAUCUAUCAAUAACAUAUCUAAAUUGUGCAAAGCCCACUAAUCUUGUGUGGUGUGUGGUAUAGUGUUGUGUUUACAUGGUUCACUGUAUAUAGGUUGUAAAUAUCUGGAGUAUCCUGGUAGAACUUUUACCACCGAACUACCUGAGCUAUUUGAUACUUUUAGUAACUGCCAGAUGCUGUAAUGUAUAUCUGCGUAAUUUGGAACUAGUUUAUGCCCACACUUUCAGGUCCAAAGUGCAUUUAGGCCUUGACUGGUAGGAAAAGAAGAUUGUACGUGUUCUGCUCAAGUAGAUUCAAUUGAAUGUGAAGUACUGCACAAGAAGAUCUGUACUUGUAGGUUGCAGAAAUCAAAUUACCGUGGUGAGAGUGUAGAAAAGGAAAAACACAUAUAGAACAUUAUACACAUGAAGAUACUAUGGAAGUAUCUUGUUAUAAUUACCGAAAAAGUAUCUAGUUAUAAGUAUUGAAAUAUGAGAUAUCCAAAGAUGGACUCUGUCGGGGAAUACAAAUCAAAAUUCUGAGAGAGAACUGAGACAGAUCAGUGAUGGGAAUGACUUGUAUGAUACAUUAUGACAUCUUACCCCUGCAGUUAUACCAAAUUGGCAGUAUCUAUUUUUGUUUAA